AACCUCACCCACAAUUCCUUUCCUUUUGUCAUCUAAUGCACUAUGCCAACACUUUAUACUUGGUAUCUUUCUGUAUUUUUUUGCACUCUUUUUCCUUGCUAGCCACCAACUUCUUCAUGCUAUCCAGUUACGGCAUCCUAUAGUCCAUAGUUUGGCUACCAAUCUUGCACUAUUCACUGUUCGCAAGGUUAAUCUCAUACCUUUGUUCCUUUUUUUUACCCCCCUACUUUUACUUUUCGACCUACUAGCUUUUCAGCAACUUUCAAUCCAAGAGAAUAAGCAUAUAUUACUAGCUUUUCAACAACUUCCAAUCCAAGAGAAUAACUGAAUAAGCAUAUAUUUGCUUCUCUUAGUGCUGUGUGGUUUCACUUUAUUCAUUUAUGUUCUGUUAGGUAAGUGCCAUAUACUAAACAUAAACAAGAUAGAAAAUUUAUGUUGUGUCUCUACCCCCCAUUAUGCCCAGUUUUCGAGUGAAUAUAGAAGAUUAUGGUGAGUUUUGUCUGAAGAUAUAGAAUCUUGCCUGUUCUAUUCUCCAAAUAAGUUUGUGUCUUACAAUGUUUUAGUUACUGGGGGUGUCAUGGCUUCUCCAUCAUGCUUCCCUCUUCGUUGGGAGAGCACAGGAAACCAGUGGUGGUAUGCAGCCCCCAUUGAUUGGGCUGCAGCAAAUGGCCUCUAUGAUCUUGUUGCUGAGCUUCUCCACCUUGACACCAACCUCCUCAUCAAGCUCACUUCCCUCCGUAGAAUUCGCCGCCUCGAAGCCGUUUGGGAUGAUGAGGCUAAAUUUGAAGAUGUUGCAAGUUGCCGCUCCAAGGUUGCAAGGAACCUCAUGCUUGAAUGUGAGAACGGAAGAAGGGAACACAAGUACAACUCCCUCAUCCGUGCUGGCUAUGGUGGAUGGCUUCUCUACACUGCAGCCUCAGCAGGGGAUGUGGAAUUUGUGAAGGAAUUGUUGAGGAGAGACCCUUUGCUUGUUUUUGGUGAGGGAGAGUAUGGUGUCACUGACAUACUCUAUGCUGCUGCAAGGAGCAAGAAUUGUGUGGUGUUCAGGCUCUUGCUUGAUUCUGCACUCUCUGGGAGUGAAGAACAUCAUGGUGAUGGUGGUGUUUUCAAGAGAGAGAUGGUGAAUAGAGCAAUUCAUGCUGCUGCAAGAGGAGGGAAUUGGGAAAUGCUGAAGGAGCUUGUGGAAAAUGUUUCUGAGAUUUUGUGCUACAGAGAUUCUCAAGGGUGUACUGUCUUGCAUUCAGCAGCUGGCAGAGGCCAAGUUGAGGUAGUGAGAAACUUAAUUGAGUCAUCUGAUAUUAUCAACUCAACUGAUGUACAAGGCAAUACAGCAUUGCAUGUGGCUUCUUACAGGGGUUACUUACCUGUGGUAGAGAUUCUGGUUCAAGCAUCACCCUCAUUAGCAUCCCUAACCAAUCAUUAUGGAGAUACUUUUCUUCACAUGACAGUGGCUGGUUUCAGAAGCCCUGGAUUCCGAAGACUAGACAAGCACACUGAGCUCAUGAACCAAUUGAUUAGUGGAAAGAUUGUGGACAUGCAGGACAUCAUAAAUAUCAAGAACAAUGAUGGAAGAACAGCUCUUCAUGUAGCUGUGAUUCAUAACAUCCAAUGUGAAAUAGUGGAAUUACUGAUGUCUAUUCCAUCAAUUGAUUUGAACGUUCGCGAUGCGGAUGGCAUGACCCCCUUGGAUCAUUUGAAGCAGAGGUCGAAAUCAGCAUCAUCUGAAAUCUUGAUCAAGCAGUUGAUUUCAGCCGGUGGCAUCUCUAAUUGUCAGGAUUAUAUAGCAAGAAAUACUCUUGUUACUCAUCUGAAGAAUCAUGGCAUUGUAACAAGUCCCGGCAUUUCAUUCAGGGUACCGGAUGGUGAGAUAUUCUUGUACACAGGCAUUGAGAAAUCCUAUGAUGACAAUUUUGAUCAGGCAAGUGUGGAGUCAAAUUCAUGGUCAAGCAGUGAACCGCAUGAUUACAAGCUAGCUGAUUCUCCACAUUGCAGCAAGUCUAGUCCUAUCAACGAUGCGAAAAGGCGCUUAAAGUUCCUUUUCGGGAGGCCUAGAGGAAGAGAGACUAAAAAGGCAGUAUCAGAAAUUCAAGAUGACGAUUCUGUGGCUUCUUCUUGCAUCUCAAGUAAAGAGUUGGAAGACAUUCCAAUUCCAUUAAGGCAAAGAUACUCAAAACUGUGUUCCCUUCCAAACAACAAGAGAACACUACCUAUAAUGACCAAUCUCCCAAGUCCAUCCAGUAGAAGUUAUUUUGCUGCAGGCCUAAUGCAAGGGGUAAUUCAGGUAAAACCAUAUGUGCCUAUUGCUAAUGCUGCUCAUUCAACUCAUAGUCUUCAAGAACAUAAGGGUGUUGAUAUAGAUUGUUGUACACCACAGUUGAACUUCAGGCAGGGUUCCUUCAAUAAGAAAAUGAUGAAUAAGUAUUUUUCUUUUGGAGCACAAGAGCAGGCUUUUGAGGGUGCAAAUAGCUGCACUAGGACAAAUCUCAGUUCUUUAGUUACAUAAAUGAUAUUCAGCAUGAAUCAUUUUGUCAAAAAGAAUAUAUUCUAGCUCAAGUUGUAAUCAUUUAUGUUUGUUGGAGCUUAUGUAUUGAUGAUAUAACAUGUGCUCAAUGUUCAACUGUAUUUGAGAAGCCAACUCCAAAUAUGAGUAGGAAUACUAAUAAAUGCUUCUCAAC